UCCAUAUCAAUAAACUUUUCUUACCUGUUACCUUAAAAUCUAUUGGUCUAUCUUGUACAUACUUCGAGGGGAUCUCCAUAUUAUGUGCAAUUUUGACCUUGUAGACCUGGGGACUCUCAGGGGAACCCUGACUACACUUAGAGAACCAUUAAAGUAGACAAUAAAAAAAAAAGAAAAAUAUAGAAUAUGAUACCAUCAUUAACAAGUUUGAUCUAAGAGGUAUCUACGUAGAACUUUGCUCACCACAAAUCACGAAUACACAUUCUUUUGAACAAAUGGUACCUUCCAUCAGCUGGGGAAAAUGUGCGCCUGGACAGACUGUAGAAGCUCCAAAAUGGACAGAUGCCCAGCAUGCCAGGUGUUCCAGUCAGCUGCCUGGGCCCUAGAAGAGCCUCAUCAGGAAAGGGUACCACAUCAGAGUGCAGCCUCCUCCCUUCUCGGCCGCAGAGCCAGCCUAACCAACUGGCCUGGCCUCAGAGGGCAAGUUUCCCUGAAUGACCGCCCCAGAGGGCAGCUCCCAUCUGGCCUCCAUUCCCGUGAAGGGCUUCCAUUCAUCAGGGGUCCCGUGUCAAGGAGCCUCAGGGGUCCCCAAGACAGAGUUAUCAGGUAAAGACUGACCAUCCUCUUCUUCCAGGAGGCUUCCAGCCUGGCCCCUCUGCCCUUCAGAGCCCCUGGAGCUGCCAGGUACAGACUCCCAGGCUCUCAGACCGUGUGCAUUUCUUACACAACCAGCAGAAAGAACAAUGCCUCGCUCUGUCCAGGCCAGGCACUGGGCUGCCAAGAAUAGCACAGGCAACCAGCUGCCCAGGGAGCCAGCACCUUGCACAACCACCUGGGGAGCUCCAUCUCCCCACCAGUGCCCAAGGCCACACCUUCCCUGGAGCCCAGAAGCCCUACCAAGCUCGGAGGGGAGGGGAGAGGUAAGCCGGAGUGCAGGGAGCAGGACUGCUGCUCAGAGUCCCAAAGCAGAGCCAGGGCCAAGGUGUCUGAGGGAGCUUUCAGAACAUACACCACAUUUUUACCCUAAAGUCACUCAUCCCUUGGAAAUCUAAAAUUCCUAGGUGUCUAUUACCUGCUAGCACUAUGCAUGGGGCUUUGUUCCCAUGCAUCGUUUUGUUUGCCCCUCACAAAACCUGCUGAGGAGGUUCCAUUUUACAAAGAAGGAAAUGGAGGGUCAGAAUGGCUAAGGACUUGCCCAAGCUCACUCAGAGAGCAUGCACUUGGAUUUGAACCUGACUCUGUCCACAGAGUCCAGCCUCUUGCACCUGGACUACACUAUGCUGCCUGGUCCUGCAGGGACCCGGUCUUCACCUUCUGAAAGGUCAUCCUCAGAACCUCUUCAUACUGGGGGUUGGGAUAGGGAGAACGGGGGCUUGUUUUACCCAGAUCCAACCAGGUCAUCCUGAACCUCAAAAGACAUCCCACCCCACCCACAGGCUCUGUCUGCUGAACUUUCUCCUGCUCCUCUGCCUUGCCUUGUGUCUUUCUCUCACCAGAUCAGAUAAAGCAGGGCCUAUGUCUUUUGCAUUUCUGUAUCCCAUCUGCGGUGUGUGCACCACACUUCAAGCCUUGCACAUAGUAGGUGCUUCAUGUGUGUCUGCUGUAUAUAAGAGGAAUGGUUCCUCACCUCUCUCCACUACCACUGCAAGGACAGGUCCGUGAGAAGACAGAACCCUUGGAAACAUUCAGGAGGAUGGGGAUGGGGGUUAUAAGGGCAAGAGUGUAGGAGGCAAGUGCCCCAGCACUCCUGCCCUCUAGCAGAGCCAGGCCCCAGAACACCACAAGCCCUCCUACCAGACACCUCCCAGGAUACCCUCCCCACCAAAGGCUGGAAGGUCAGGCCAGGCUCUCAAGAAAGAGCCUCCACCCCAAGCCUCUGGUCCAAAGCUCCUCCAACAGGAAAGCCAAGGAAGGCAUGGCCCAGCCAGGAGAAAAAGACCCCAGACAUGAGCUUCCUGCAAGUUGCCUCCUCUUUGAUGCCUCCCUGGAUAGCCUCCUCAAUUCCUUCCUCCUCCUGGCUCCUAGAAGAGGUACCCUCUUCUGCAUAGCAUUUCUAACCCUGGGUUGGAAUUUAUCUUAGGGCAGAGCGAUCAAGCCCUGGCCUUUGGAGCCCAAUACCUGGAUUUGAAUCCUGGCUCCUUCACCUAUUAGCUAUGUGACCAAGGGACAAUCACUUCACCUCUCUGAGCCUGCAUAACCAUGAAGCCUGCAGACUCAGAAUCCAGACCUCCUGGUUGUAUCUGGGCUCUGACUCUGGAACUAGACUACCUGGGUGCAAGUCCUGGCACCAAUUCUUACUUAACCUCUCUUUGCCUGAGUACCUUUAUCUGUGAAGUGGGGACAAUAACAGUACCUACCCAACUUAGAGCAUUCCUGCGAGAAUUAAAUGAGGUAAUUCAUGCAGUGGGCUUAGAACAGACUUGGCACACAGUAGGGAUUAGCUAUCGUUAGAAAUAGUAGUUGAUAAGGUCGUAAAGUUCUGUGCAGUAACUUUGGCACACAGUAAAAGCUCAUUACAUGGUAGUUAUGAUCAUCUUCGCCUCCACUAAGCUGUGAUGUUGCUGGAGGUGGGGUCUGGGUCAUACCCAUCUCUGGUUCCCCAGCAGCCAGCAUGGUGCCUGGCACCAAGCAGGAGCUCAGUAAACGCCUGAGGACCGAGGGGUGAAGAACUGCCCGCCUGGACCAGGAGAGUGUGGGCAGCCAGGAGCCUCCUGCCGGGAGAAGGGAGAACCGAGGUGUCAGGGAAGAGAAAACAGCGCGGAGGGGGAAAGGCGAGACGGAAAGAUAAGCAAGUGAAGUGAGUGAGAAAAGGAACAGGAGAGGCUGUGGCGGAGAGAGAUAAGGAGGAGGGAUGGAGAAGGAGAGGGGCAAGAAAAAUGCCUAGGGAGGUGAGGGAGCCCCGGGGAGAGGCGCGAGGCGAGACCGGGGCGGUGGCCGGGAAGCCAGGGAGUGGGAGAGGGGCUCGAGAGCCGGUGCUGGGCGGGACGCGCGGGAGCCGGGCGGGAGGGGCUGAGGGGGCUCCACCCUACCUCCCUGCCAUGGGGCGGGGGCCAGGCGGCCAGAGAUUGGUUGGGGCGCGCGCGGCGAAACCAGGGCUGGAGCCCCGAGGUGGGAGGCGCCAGGAUCACUCGGUGCGCCGGCGAGCGGAGGGAGCGAAAGCCGCCAUCCAGUUGAGCGACUUCAGCCUCGGCGACUGUUGCAGGGCAGCGUCGGGGCGGCGGGCGGGCGCGGGCCGGGGCACCUGGGGGCGCCGCGCACCAAGCGUCGGGGGCCCGCUCAGCCAUGCGGGCGGCGGCGGGGGUCGCACGGGCGGCUGCGCUGGCGCUGCUGCUGGGAGCGCUGCACCCGGCGCCGGCGCGCGGCGAGGAGUACGACUACUACGGCUGGCAGGCCGAGCCGCUGCACGGGCGCUCCUACUCCAAGCCGCCACAGUGCCUCGACAUCCCCGCCGACCUGCCGCUCUGCCACACCGUGGGCUACAAGCGCAUGCGGCUGCCCAACCUGCUGGAGCACGAGAGCCUGGCCGAGGUGAAGCAGCAGGCGAGCAGCUGGCUGCCGCUGCUGGCCAAGCGCUGCCACUCGGACACGCAGGUCUUCCUCUGCUCGCUCUUCGCGCCCGUCUGCCUCGACCGGCCCAUCUACCCGUGCCGCUCGCUGUGCGAGGCCGUGCGCGCUGGCUGCGCGCCGCUCAUGGAGGCCUACGGCUUCCCCUGGCCCGAGAUGCUGCACUGCCACAAGUUCCCCCUGGACAACGACCUCUGCAUCGCUGUGCAGUUCGGGCACCUGCCCGCCACCGCGCCUCCAGUGACCAAGAUCUGCGCCCAGUGUGAGAUGGAGCACAGCGCUGAUGGCCUCAUGGAGCAGAUGUGCUCCAGCGACUUCGUGGUAAAAAUGCGCAUCAAGGAGAUCAAGAUAGAGAAUGGGGAACGGAAGCUGAUCGGAGCCCAGAAGAAGAAGAAGCUGCUCAAGCCGGGCCCCCUGAAGCGCAAGGACACCAAGAGGCUGGUGCUGCACAUGAAGAACGGCGCCAGCUGCCCCUGCCCGCAGCUGGACAGCCUGGCCGGCAGCUUCCUGGUCAUGGGCCGCAAAGUGGACGGACAGCUGCUGCUCAUGGCUGUCUACCGCUGGGACAAGAAGAAUAAGGAGAUGAAGUUUGCAGUCAAAUUCAUGUUCUCCUACCCCUGCUCCCUCUACUACCCCUUCUUCUACGGGGCAGCUGAACCCCACUGAAGGGCACUCCUCCCUGCCCCAACCAGCCAACGAUGCCUUGUCCUCUGUGCCGCCUCUGGGGCACACCCUCUCCUCCUGCCCACCUGGCCUCGCCCCUACCCCGAGGCUGACCCAGCUCCUGCCCAGUGGUGGUUUCAUGCAGAGUUGGUACCAGCACAGGCCCUAAGGGAUAGGCGUGGAGCCCGGGCUGUCCUUGACCAAGGGGUCCCUGGGAGCUUCCUCUCUUAGGAGCAGGGCUUUCUCAUUCGGAGGGAAACCCCAGGGUCUCAGAAAGUAGGCAGAGGGCGGAGAGAGCAAGGGAAGGGUGGAGGCACUCUGAGCAGCCUGAGGUGGCUUCCAAAUUGGUGUCAACUCCCCCCUCUUGGUGGUGGGGCCUCACCUUGGAGAGAGAGGUCUUGAUAUUAGGCUGAGCUACCUGGGAAACAGUUCUCUGUUCCAUUGCCCCUUCACGUGUCGUCAUCAUAGCCCCCCAGAGGAAAAGCCCUAGGGUCACAGUGCCCUCCAGCCACCUCUCCCCACCUUCUCCAUCUCUGCCGGUUUCGUCUCAUCCCCAGAGAGAAGCCCAGCCCAGACCCCUCCCAUAGGCUUGCUUCUCGGGGUUCAUUCCUCAGCCUCCGCAUGUCCCUUUUCCCCUGACAAGUAAAUUAUUGCUACUGCUGCAAGGCCAUAGAUACCAGACUGAUGCAGGCAGGGUUUGCGUUUGUUUUUGUUUUUUUAAGUUUGUAAUUAAAUCAAAGAAAACAACA